AUGGCCGGUGGAAGACGGAGUAAGCCUUUCAGUGUUUGCCUUGAUGGAGCUGAAAGAACUGAAUCCCACACACAGGUGCAUGUGACAAUGCUGAAGCUAUGAGUGGAAUUUUAAUGAGGAAGUUUGAAGAAGUUGGCGGCUCCUCAAUCUUCUCUGUGUGGGAAUCAGAUGAUGAAGUUUCUAGCGGCAAAAGCGCUGACGAUGGUGAUAGUGUCAGUCUUUCCACUUCAAAUCGUUUUAUUCGUACAUGUGACAGCGCUGCAGCUAUGAGUGGAAUUUUAAAGAGGAAAUUUGAAGAAGUUGAUGGCUCCUCGCCCUGCUCUUCUGUGCGGGAAUCGGAUGAUGACGUUUCUAGCAGUGAAAGCGCUGACAGUGGUGAUAGUGUCAACCCUUCCACUUCAAAUCAUUUUACCCCUUCGUCGAUUCUGAAGAGAGAGAAACGGAAGAGGACGAAGAAUGUCCAUUUUAACUGCGUUACUGUGUACUACUUCACAAGAAGGCAAGGGUUCACAAGCGUCCCCAGCCAAGGAGGCAGCACCCUGGGUAUGUCCACCCGUCACAACAGUGUGCGCCAAUACUCACUUGGGGAGUUUGCCAUGGAACAAGAAAGGCUUCAUCGGGAGAUGUUGAGAGAGCAUCUUCGGGAGGAGAAGCUGAACUCUUUAAAACUCAAGAUGACUAAAAAUGGCACGGUGGAAUCCGAGGAAGCAAACACUUUGACACUGGAUGACAUUUCUGACGAUGAUCUAGAUCUCGACAACACAGAAGUAGACGAGUACUUCUUUCUACAACCCCUGCCAACGAAAAAGCGAAGGGCGCUACUGCGGGCCUCCGGGGUCAAGAAGAUUGAUGUGGAGGAAAAACACGAGCUGCGAGCCAUUCGCCUUUCCAGAGAGGACUGCGGCUGUGACUGUCGAGUCUUCUGUGACCCAGAAACUUGUACUUGCAGCCUUGCAGGCAUAAAAUGCCAGGUGGAUCGUAUGUCUUUCCCAUGUGGUUGCACUAAAGAAGGAUGUAGCAAUACAGCAGGUAGAAUUGAAUUUAAUCCCAUCCGUGUUCGGACUCACUUUUUGCACACUAUAAUGAAACUUGAACUGGAGAAAAACAGAGAGCAGCAAGUCCCUGCGCUGAAUGGUUGCCAUGGUGAGAUAAGUGCUCACAGCAGUUCCAUGGGCCCCACAGCCCACCCGCUGGAAUAUUCGGUUCCGGACAACUUUGAAAUGGAAGCUGAACCUCGGGCUACCGUGAUGCACUUGCAGUCGGCUGAUGACUUAGACUGCCCAGGGGAGGAUGAUGAUGAAGAGGACGAGGAGGAGGAAGAUGCGAGUAGCUUUUGCAGUGGAGUGACAGAUUCCAGCACACAAAGCUUAGCACCAAGUGAAACUGAUGAAGACGAUGAGGAGGAGGAGGAAGAUGACGAGGAGGAGGAGGAGGAGGAAGAUGAAGAGAAAGUAGAUGAGUUUGUGGAAGGCUUGGGUGCUCAUGCUGACAUGGUACAAGCCCUUCCUUCGGUCCUUUGCUACUCUGAUAGCACCGCCAUGCAUGAAAACCACUCAAAGGCCUCCUCCUAUUAUGCCAACUCGUCAUCACUUUAUUACCAAAUAGAGAACCAUGGCCCUGGCACUCCUAAUCAGAUGCGCGAGACUUAUUCUGAAAGGGAUACCAUUACGAAUGGUAACCUUUCCCUGGUGCCUUAUAAUCCAACUUCAGAACAGUUUGUUGACUAUACACGGCAAUCAGAGGAAAGUUACAGCAGCUCGCUUUAUCCUUCUUCAAAUCCGUCCGUCAUAGUCUGCUGCUCGUCUUCAGAAAGCGACAAUGCUGGUCCAUGUAGUAGCUUAUACGCUGAGCAUAGGCCAAGACACUCCCAAGUGGACUUUCCCUCAUACUUGAAAAGUCCUUCUCAAGAUGGAUUUGUUUCUACUUUGAAUGGUGGCACUCACCUCCCGGAUCAUCCCGCUGAGAAUUCGCUCAGCCUUUCAGAAAAAAGCAGACUGCGUGAAGAGUGUAUCAAAUCGCCUGUCAUGGAAACGGUACCGGUUUAAAUUAUUUUAGGACUGAAUCACUAUAUUUAAAUGCACUCUAUUUUAAUUGGAUUCCCUGGAACCAUUUUCCCCCCUUAGCAAUGGAGGUGAGGGGGAACAGACUGUGGAUAAUGUUUUGAUUUUUGUUUUCCCUUUCAAGCUAUACUGGUUGUAGCCAUUGCACAAACAAAGUUCGUGUAAAAAGUAAAAUUUAAAGGAAAAAAAAAUCAAAUGGUCUUUUGAUAGAAAAUACCUAGAUUUAAAAAAAAAUCACUAAAAAAAAUAGCAGCCUACCUGUCAAACUAUGUGAAGCUGGGCUAUCUGACUCAAAGCUUCUCAUUUUGUCGGGCCUGUGCAAGGUAACGAACAUUUUACUUUGGAAUCUUCAUGUUUAGAGUAUUAAAUUUUCACACAUAUUUGAAGAUAGUGACUUUUUAAAUGUAGAUGUGAUUACAAAAAAAAAAACCAGAAUUGUUCGGUA